GUCAGUUUAAUUGUGUUCGUCGAACAGUGAGGACGAAAAAUUUUACUUAAAACACGUUCGUCACGAAAAUUUAAAUAAGUUAUGGCCACGUGUGAGAAAAUUCCAUUGACAUUUUUCGUGAAUGGCAAGAAAAUAUCUGAUAAUGAACCUGACCCAGAUUACACGCUUCUUCGAUAUUUACGCGAGAAACUUCGUCUUUGUGGCACGAAGUUAGGAUGUGAUGAAGGUGGGUGUGGUGCAUGUACGGUGAUGUUAUCAAGAUAUGAUCGCAAAACAAAAACAUUGAAGCAUUUAGCUGUCAAUGCAUGUUUGACUCCAAUUUGCAGCGUACAUGGACUUGCAGUGACAACCGUAGAAGGCAUAGGCAGUACGAGAACACGACUGCAUCCAGUUCAAGAAAGAAUUUCUAAAGCUCAUGGAUCGCAAUGUGGUUUCUGUACUCCUGGAAUUGUUAUGUCAAUGUAUGCCUUACUCAGAAGCACUCCAAAGCCGAACAUGAAAGAUUUGGAAGCAACAUUGCAAGGCAAUCUUUGUAGAUGUACUGGCUACAGACCAAUAAUUGAAGGAUUUCGAACAUUCACUGCUGAUUAUGAAUGUGGAAUGGGAGAUAAAUGUUGCAAAUUAUUAAACGGAAAUGAAUGUGGAGUUGAAGUCGAAAACAAAUUAUAUGAACCGAAUCAUUUUGCAUCUUAUGAUCCAUCACAAGAACCAAUUUUUCCGCCCGAGUUAAAGUUGAGUGACAUUUAUGAUCAACAAACGUUGAAAUUUACAAAUGACAGAAAUGUGGUCUGGUUCAGACCAACAAGUUUGAAGCAACUUUUAGAAUUUAAGAAGGCACAUAACGAUGCGAAGAUUGUAGUUGGCAACACUGAAGUUGGAAUUGAAAUUAAAUCAAAGAAUUUGGAUUAUAAAUUAUUCGCAAGUCCAUUACAAAUUGACGAGUUAACAAGAAUAGAAGUUAACGAAAAAGGAAUAAAAGUGGGAUCAGCAGUGACUUUAACAGAAUUGGAAACUGUUCUUAAACAAGAAAUUGAAAUUAGAGUUGAACAUGAAACUCGACUCUUUAAAGCGAUUCUUGAGAUGCUUCACUGGUUUGGUGGACAACAAGUUCGCAAUGUAGCUUCGGUUGGUGGAAAUAUUAUGACAGCAUCUCCGAUUUCUGAUUUGAAUCCAAUUUUUGCUGCUGCUGGUAUUGAACUUGAAGUUGAAAGCUUCGACUUUGGAAGGAAAACAAUUAAAAUGAGACAAGAUUUCUUCACAGGAUAUCGAAAAAACAUCAUCAAAGAUUCUGAAGUUCUAAUUUCAAUAUCCCUUCCAAGAACAUUUAAAAAUCAAUACUUUUUGGCAUACAAACAAGCGAAACGUCGAGAUGAUGACAUUGCAAUUGUCAACGCAGCAUUUAAUGUCGUUUUCAAGGAAGAAACGAAUAUCAUCGAUAAGAUGGAACUUGCCUUUGGUGGCAUGGCUGCAACAACUAUCUUAGCUUCAAAAACGUCAAACGCAGUCAAAGGCAAAACUUGGGAUCGAAGCUUAAUUGAAAUCGCCAAUAAAAGUUUGAUAGAAGAAGUUCAAUUGUCAUCUGAUGCACCUGGUGGAAUGAUUCGUUAUCGCCGCUCCUUAACUCUGAGUUUGUUCUUCAAAAUGUUCUUGGCAAUCAGCCAGGAAUUAGAGAAGACAAAUCAAUUCAGUUUAAUCGAUGAACGUGAAAAAAGUGGUGCGAGAACUUUUCAUACUCUUCUGCCAAAAAGUUCUCAAUUGUUUGAGAAAGUGUCAACUAAUCAACCAGCUAUUGAUCCAAUCUACCGACCAAAAGUUCACUCUUCAGCUUUCAAACAUGCAACAGGUGAAGCGGUUUAUUGCGAUGACAUCCCAAAAUUCGAGGGUGAACUUUAUCUUGCAUUAGUAUUAAGUGAGAAAGCACAUGCAAAGAUUAUUUCAAUCGAUGCAACGGAAGCUUUGAAUCAGUUUGGGGUGCAUGCAUUUUUGUCAGCUAAAGAUUUGCCAAAACAACAGAAUCAAAUUGGGCCACUUAUUAAUGAUGAAGAACUUUUUAUCAGUGAAAUUGUUACGAGUCAAGGACAAGCUUUAGGGGCAAUUGUGGCUGAUAAUAAAAUGAUUGCAAGAAGAGCUGCAAGACUUGUAAAAGUUGUUUACGAAGACCUUUUUCCGGUUAUUGUAACAAUCGAAGAUGCAAUCAAACAUAAAUCUUUCUUUUCUGACCAUUCAAAUGUGUUGACUCAUGGAGAUGUUGAAAAUGCUUUUAAAAUCGCUGAUCAAACCCUCAAUGAUGAAUUUCGAAUUGGCGGUCAAGAACAUUUCUAUCUUGAAACACAAGCAGCGAUUGCCGUUCCAAAAGAUGGCGAUGAGUUGGAGAUAUUUGCUUCAACUCAACAACCAGGUGCUGUUCAAAAACGAGUUGCACAACUUUUGAAUAUUCCGACAAAUCGUAUCACAGUUCGAACCAAACGAAUUGGCGGUGGCUUUGGUGGCAAAGAAACUCGUUCAGCAGUUGCAUCAAUGCCUGUUGCAUUUGCAGCGUAUACAAUUGGAAAGCCCGUUCGAAUGAUGUUAGAUCGAGAUGAAGACAUGAUGAUUAGCGGCACACGACAUCCAUUCUUGUUCAAAUAUAAACUAGCUUUUAUGAAUGAUGGAAAGAUUAUUGGGCUUGAUAUUCAAAUCUAUAACAAUGCUGGUUUUUCACUAGAUUUUUCAGCUCUUGUGAUGGAAAAAGCGGUUCUUUCUAUCACAAAUGCUUACGAAAUUUCAAACGUAAGAAUUGAAAGUAAAGUUUUAAAAACAAAUCUUCCAACAAACACAGCUUUUCGUGGCUUUGGCCAACCACAAGCUUCAAUGGUUUCAGAACAUAUAAUUCGUGAUGUGGCAAGAUUUCUUAAAAAAGAUUAUUUGGAUAUCAUGACGAUUAACAUGAUGAAAGAUGGAGAUUUAACACAUUACAAGCAAUUAGUUGAGAAUUGCACCAUGCGACGUUGUUUUGAUGAAGUAAGAAAAAAUUCUGAAUUAGAAAGACGUUCGUUGGAAGUUAAAAAGUUUAAUGAACAAAAUCGAUGGAGAAAACGAGGCAUCAGUUUAGUCAACACGAUGUUUUCUAUUGGAUUUUCUGAGAAAUUUCUUAAUCAAGCUGGUGCAUUGGUUCACAUUUAUACUGAUGGUCAUGUCUUGAUUUCCCAUGGUGGUGUUGAGAUGGGCCAGGGAUUGCACAUUAAAAUGCUUCAAGUUGCUUCUAACGUACUGAAAACUCCUAUUGAAAAAAUUCAUCUACAAGAAACAGCUACAGAUAAAGUUCCAAAUGCAACAUCAACAGCAGCUUCUGUAAGCACUGACAUGUAUGGUGGAGCUGUUAUGGAAGCUUGCAAAAUAUUAUACGAUCGAUUGACACCUUACAGAGAAAGGAAACCAGAAAAGAAUUGGGAUGAAUGGGUUAAUGAUGCUUAUUUCGAUCGAGUAUCAUUGUCAGCGACAGGUUUCUUCAGGACUGAUGACAUAGGAGAAGAUGUUGGGAAAAUCUUUAAUUAUUUCACAAAUGGUUCAGGAGUUUCCGAAGUUGAGAUUGAUUGUUUGACUGGUGAUCAUCAAGUCAUAAGAACUGACAUUGUUAUGGAUGUUGGAUCAUCAAUUAAUCCGGCAAUUGAUAUUGGACAAAUUGAAGGUGGAUUCAUGCAAGGUUAUGGAUUAUUCACGAUGGAAGAACUCAUUUAUUCACCUGAAGGAAAACUUUAUUCACGUGGACCUGGCAUGUAUAAGAUUCCAGGUUUUGCUGAUAUUCCAGCUGAAUUCAAUGUUUCCUUAUUGACUGGCGCUCCUAAUCCAAGAGCGGUUUAUUCAUCUAAAGCUAUUGGUGAACCUCCGCUAUUUAUCGCCUCUUCGGUUUAUUUUGCAAUUAAGGAAGCCAUUGGUGCAGCAAGAUUGGAAGAAAACCUUGAUCCACAUUUCAAUCUUUCAUCACCAGCAACAGUUGCAAAGAUAAGAAUGGCUUGUCAAGAUGAUUUCACAAAUAAAAUUAAAGAAGAUGGUGAAGGAUGCAAAUCGUGGAAUAUUAUGCCAUAAUAUAAAAUCUCUGCUUAUUUUUGUAUUGAAAUAUGCGAAUAAUAAAGAACUAGGUAUCUAUUUAACAAAUCAGUA